AUGAGUUUAAUUCCUACUGAAGCUGAGAAUGCUCAAGAAGCAGCCGAGACAGAACAACCGUUGCGCGAAAGUACACACGAUGAAAACAAUAUUGAAGCAGAACAUGACAUGGAAGAAGAUGAAAGUGCUUGUUCCGACGACACUCGUUUGGUAGAUUCACCCAAUCCGCCAAAUGAUGGCCCACUCCAGCAAUUGAUUCGCGUACGAGUAUCAAAACUUCGAGAACGAGAUCAAAGAUUGAAGCAAUUUACAAACAAAGUUCUAGGAAUAUCCAAGAAUAUGAAACGAAGAAAGAAUAUUCCUUCUGUGUGCACUCUUUCUCGUUUGUCAUAUUUUGUGUUACUUCUCGAUCCCGAGUUCAAUGGCAUGGAUGUGAUUUAUGAAGCUGUAAGAAUCAUUAGACGACUACUCUCUGUAGAGGUCAAUCCACCGAUUCAAGAAGUUGUGGAUUCAGGAGCUUGUGUCUACAUGACAAAAUUUCUUUCUCGGUCCUAUCUUGAAAACUAUUUUGAAUUUAUUGAUACGAGCAAUGUGGAUCAUAACGACACAACUCAGACAACCACCGAUAAUAAUACUAAUAAUAACGAAAUGACUACAAAGAAAAGAGCCAAAGUUCCAAUCUUUCGAUUGCAUUCUCUUCAACAUGAAUGUGCUUGGGCAUUGACCAAUGUGGCAAGUGGUACGACGGAACACACUCGAUACAUCAUUUCAUUGAAGUGCAUUGAACGAAUGAUUGAUUUACUGGACAGUGGAAAUUUUGCAGUGGUUGGACAGGCUGUUUGGGCUAUUGGCAAUUUCGCUGGUGAUAGUCCUUAUGCAAGAGAUUUGGCUCUACAGAGAGGAGCCAUUAAAAAAGUUGUUCAAGCAUUGAGGGAUGGAUGGCUUGGCACCUUCGUGUUGAGCGACAUGAAAAAUGCCGCUUGGUGUCUCUCCAAUUUAGUGAGAAUGAAACCCAUUCCACCCACUCGUUAUCUACUUCAAGCACUUCCUGCUUUUAUGAAUUUUAUCUUCCAUAAUAAUGAAGAAAUUUUGACAGAUACUUGCUGGGCACUAAGUUACAUCUCAGAAAGUUUUGAAUGUGUAUCUUUAAUGAAAGAAUCCCCUGAAUUUAUGAAACGACUAGUGGAUCUUUUGACACAAUAUUCAGUAACAUCUGUUGUGAUACCUUCAAUAAGAACAUUUGGAAAUCUACUGCUUGAGGAUGGUAGUGAAGAAAUUGUUUUGAAAUAUGGAUUUCUGGAUCACAUCCUUGCUUUACUGACACACACAAAGAGGGCAAUUCAAAAAGAAACGUUGUGGACUUUAUCAAAUAUUGUUUCUGAAAGUGUUACGUGUUGUGAAAAGAUUAUUUCAGAUCCUGAUAUCUUUCCUAGAGUUUUGGAGUUAUUGUCUACAAAUCAUGAACCUAUUAUCACAGAAGGAUUAUAUGUGAUGAUUAAUUUUUCAGCCACUGCUGAACCCUCUCACAUUGUCAAGUUUGUGGAAAAAGGAUUCUUUACACAACUGUUAGACCUCUAUGGAAAUAUGAUGUCAUUCACCAAGGCGACAAGAAGUCAAUAUAUAGUAGCUCUCUUAUAUCCCAUCAAAAAGUAUCAGCUCGCGAAUGCGGGAGGAACUAAUUUGAUCAUGAUCACAGAAGCUCUCAUGAGGCGUAUGGGAUCGUUAGAAGCUUUUCGGGACGAUGUCAAAGAAUCAAUGUCUGUGUUUGAUCAACCAGAACAUUUUACUGAGGAGGUAAAGGCUCUAACGGCCGAUAAAGAAGUACCUCCAACAUAUGAGCCUAGUAAUGAGGAAUUACAACAGUAA